AUGUCACCACCACCAUACAACCACACCAAUGAUGGCGAUGUCGCGAUCUUCAUUUUUGUAUUAAUGAAGAUAAGAUUGAUAUGCAGGCGACAAUGGAAGGAUAUGUGUUUACGUACAAAGGAUGUUGUUGGAGAUGGAAUAAGGUUAUGUUCAAGACUAGGCUGGGUGAAAAUUUCUCUUCAAUCCCAGUUUCUCCCAAAUCCUACAGUGUUGAAAUUUUUUCUUAAAGAAGAUGAAGAUUUCAAGGCCAUGGGAUAUGCGUGUUUUGUUCCUGGAUUUAGUUGGGAUCUUUUUGCUUUUGGUUAA